ACCAUCAAAUUAACGUACUGUCACUAAUCGUGAACCGCCACCACACAAUAAUUAUAAUUUAUUUUAAUUAGUGAAAACGCUUUUGUUAGCCGUGGAAGAAACAAAACCCGACCCUGGCACAGCAACAAAAUUCAUACUGAACCGACUCGAAACCCUUUUCCAGAAAACCAAAGCCCCCGACCCUUGUAAUGGAGGAGAAGCGCAGGGAUGCGGGAAACUCGCCGGCGGCGCCGAGCUCAGUGGAGCCGGAGCCGGCAUCAACGCGCCGUCGAGCUGGAGCACAGAAGAGAAAAGCUAAUUCUCUUUCCGGGUCCAGCUCAUCAUCAACGCCGUCAAAACGGGUUAGUCGGGAGAAGUCAAACAUGAUUUCCUACUCUCCGAUCAACCAUUACGGUCCUUUAACUAGGGCUCGCCAGGGGGCGCCGAGUGGGAACCUAGCCUUGGGUUGGGUUUCGGAAUUGGGUGGCGCGAAGCUCGGGGAGACGAGUUUGGUGAAAGAGAGUGUGAAGGCUGAAGAUUUGGAGGAAUUGAAUAAGGCAAGUGAAGAGUGGGAUGCUUUGGAAGCGAAGAUUGAGGCUGAGUUUGAGGCUAUUAGAUCUCGUGAUAGUAAUGCGCAUGUGGUUCCUAAUCAUUGCGGAUGGUUUUCAUGGACAAAAGUUCACCAUCUGGAGGAGCAUAUGUUGCCUUCUUUCUUUAAUGGGAAAUCCCCAAUGCAUACCCCUGAUGUGUACAUGGAUAUACGUAACUGGAUUAUGAAGAAAUUUCAUGCAAAUCCGAGUACUCAGAUUGAGUUGAAAGAUCUGUCAGAUCUUGAAGUUGGUGACAUGGAUGCACGGCAGGAGGUAUUGGAGUUCCUGGACUACUGGGGUUUAAUUAACUUUCAUCCAUUCCCUCCCGUUGAUUCUGCUGUGCUCAAUGCUGACGGUGAUGGGAUGGCCAAAAAGGAUUCUUUGCUUGAAAAAUUGUUUCACUUUGAGGCAAUUGAGUCACGCCCACCAUUUGUUUCCAGUUCUAACCUUUCAACUCCAUCUGUACCAUCUGGGUUUCUUCCAGAGUCUGCGAUUGCUGAUGACUUGGUGAGACCUGAAGGGCCAGCUGUUGAGUUACCUGAGUACCAUUGCAACUCUUGUUCUGCUGAUUGCUCUCGCAAGCGCUACCAUUGCCAAAAGCAGGCAGAUUUUGACUUAUGUGCUGAUUGCUUUACCAAUGGGAAGUUUGGCUCUGGCAUGUCUUCUUCAGAUUUUAUUCUCAUGGAGCCUGCUGAGGCCCCUGGCCUUAGUGGCAGCAAGUGGACAGAUCAGGAAACCCUCCUUCUCCUUGAGGCAUUAGAACUUUAUAAAGAAAACUGGAAUGAGAUUGCAGAGCAUGUUGCUACGAAAACCAAAGCUCAAUGCAUUCUGCACUUUGUUCAAAUGCCAAUUGAGGAUGUAUUCUUUAAUUGUGAUGACAAUAUAGACACCAAUUCCAAAGAAACUUCUGGACCUGCUGCAAUGAGUGAUGAAACAUCUGUCCCUAAAGAUGUCCCUGAACCAACAGGGUGCAAGACUAUUCAAGAGGAUCAGGCCCAGACUACACCAAUGGAAACUUCAAAGCCUGAAGAUGAAAAAGAAGUGAGGGUUAGUGAGGAAACGUCGAAACCUGAAACUGGAACUGAUGUUAAAGGUGGUCCAGAAACAUCAAAGCCAGAAGAAACCAAUGAAGCAAAAGAUGGACAAGACACAAAUGAAAAUUGCGCAAUUAUGGCUCUAAGAGAGGCAUUUGAAGCUGUUGGUUAUAAUUUAAAAUCCGAAAGCACAUUCUCAUUUGCUGAUGUGGGAAAUCCUGUCAUGGCAUUGGCAGGAUUCUUUGCACGUUAUGUUGGACCCAACAUUGCUGCUGCUGCAGCCCAGAGUACACUGAAAUUGUUAUCUGGUUAUUCUCCCAGCAUUCAACUGGCUGCAAGGAACUGCUUUCUUUUGGAAGAUCCACCAGAUGACAAGAAGGAACCAACUGGUUCCGAGAGUGUUGUCAAUGAUAUGGGUAAUUGGGAUGCUCAAAAUGUGGAAAACUUGGAAGACAAAAGGCUCAACAAGGAGUUGUCCACCCCAGUUUUGGGUCAGAAAAGAUCAUCAAGCAACCAUGGUAACCAAAACCCUGAAGUUUCUCUUCCUGAAGAAAAGAUGACAUUGGCUUCACCCAAUGACCUAUCAAUAGAUAAAAAGGAGCCAGGCGCUUUUGCAAAUAAUGAGGAAGUUGAAAAGGCUAAUUUGAAUGAAUCCAGCUUUAUUGAUCAAUCAAAGGAUCAUCAACCAAGUGUAAAGAGGAUAUCAGAUAACAUGGCAUCCCAGGUUCCGCCAAGUUCUGUGGAGGAGAAAGGGGGGAAAGAAACCUCAGCAGAAGAGCCUUCUCAGCCUCCAGAGGCAGUGAAGGAAGUAGAUAUGUCUGAUUCUGUUCCCCUGGGAAAGAAUGAGCCUUGUGAUGCAGCUGCAUCAAAGCCAGCGGGAGAGCAAUCUGAACCGUCUGAGGCAUUAGAAAAUGUAGAGACAGUUUCCAGUUCCCCAUCCGGAGCGAAGAAUGAGCAACAACCAGUUAAAUCAAGUUCUGUUGGAGAGCCUACUCAGCCUACAGAGGCAUCAAAUGAUGUCGAAACGGUGUUUGAUUCACAACCAUCAGGAAGGAGUGAGCCUCAGCAACCAGUCACAUUAAAUUCAGUAAAUGAAAACACGGCAACUACAGACGAGAUUAAAGUCGGUAAAAACAAGAACCGUGACUCUACAGAGACAAAAGGUGAUGGUAGAAUAGAUAAAGUAAAGCGAACUGCAGUUACAGCACUAACAGCAGCAGCAGUGAAGGCAAAAAUUCUGGCUGACCAGGAAGAGAACCAAAUCCGACAACUUACUGUAUCAUUAAUAGAAAAGCAGUCACAUAAGAUGGAAGUCAAAUUAGCUUUCUUCGAUGAAAUGGAGGGUGUCAUAAUGAGGGUGAAAGAGCAAUUGGACAGGUCAAAGCAGAGGCUUUGCCAUGAGCGAGCACAGAUAAUUGCUGCUCGACUGGGCUUGCCAGCUUCCUCAUCUCGAGCAAUGCCACCAUCAAAUACUGCAAAUAGAAUUGCAACAAACUUUGCAAAUUCCGUUGCCAGGCCUCCUAUGAGCAUGACUGCCCUAAGGCCGCCAAUGUCAAGACCCAUGGGGCCUAUGGCUCCUAACCCUUCUAACCCAUUUGUAUCCGCAACGGUUGCAGGAAGUUCAAAUCGGCCAGCUAGCCGGGACAGUCGUUCUUCAGUUGGAACAAAGUAGUCUGUUCAAAUUAUUUGUGAAUAGAAGUUUUCAUCCGUUCUUUUGAGGCAGUCAUCUUUCAUGAAGUUUACCAGGUGAGUACCACUUUUUUGUGAUGGCUGUGAUUUUUAUUCUUGUCGGUGGUGCCAGUCCUUUUUGAGUGCUUUAAGAACUUGAGAUUUUACUCAGUUGAAUUCAUGGCAAAUUCGUUUUAAUGUUUCUCACAUGGUAAUUCCUGCCUCAGCAUUGAUUAUCUCUGAGCAAUCCAGAAACCGCUGCCUAAAUUGCAUAUGCAGCUGGCAUCUCAUAAUCAUAGGAGCGGGGAGCAGAUGACUUUUGUUCUGACUUGGAUCCUAUUCAAGUCAAAAUGAGUUGAUUCUACUAACUUGGAAUUGUCUUCUGUGUUUGUAUUUUGUAGGUCUAGUUGAUUGUUAUACUUAGGGUACACUUUUAGUUGGUGCAAAUUAAACAUCCAUAACCUUACCAAAUUCUUGAGCAUCUUAAAGUGCAAUUGUGGCAGAUGUAACAGAUGUAAUUCUAUUUAUGAAUGAAUGGAUAGAGAUGUUUUUAUGUUAUCUUAGCAUGCAUGCAUAUAUAUAUAUAUAUAUAUAUAUAUGUAUAAUCAAGUGCUGAUCAUCAACAUCUUCCCCACUUGAUGUCUAAAAAUUGGAACUCUCAGCUUCGAGAGUACUGUAUGUCUGAUUAAAUGCAUCAACUUUGAUUCUCAACGAAAAUUUAUACAGAUUUUACCAUGAGAAUCAACACGGUGAGAAAUUCAAAGAUUCCAACCAUUUCUCCUUUUCCUUCUAUCGUCUCCCAAAGCAGGAAAUCAAAGGCGGGUAAGUUGGCCUUAAAAGCAGCUUUUAGCUGCAGGUGAAACAGGAGAUGAUCCUUGUUAGAAAAAUUUAAAUACCCAACAAAUACAAUUUAAGUCAAAUUUGAAACGCCUACUUACCUUUGAAU